GCCGCGUUGGGCUCGCAGUGGAGAAAGUUUUGUGCUCUGCUUUUUCUGGGUAAAGCGUUCGAGUUGUUUGUAUAGUAUAUUUAUGCGAGUGCGUGAAUGUUACCUGCUUCCAGCAGAUCUUAAGAAGGGUACCUUUCUAGCCAUCUGUUCAUGUUGGGACUGUGAAGGAUCUGUUUUUCAACAUUCUCUUGUCUGGCAGAAGUCUGCAUAGAUACAAGACGGCUCCGCACAUAGCUGGCUAGUUUUACAAGUUGGCUAGCGCUAGCUAGCAGCGCGGCUUGAUCCCUUCCAGACCUCUGUUCUAAAAUCCCCCUGGAUAGCUUUGUGGAGCCGAAAAAAGCAGUUGGCGAAAUGGCGGAAACAAAAAUAAUCUACCACAUUGACGAGGAGGAGACACCGUACUUGGUGAAGAUUCCCAUUCCUGCCGAACAAAUAACUUUGCUGGAUUUUAAACAAGUAUUGAACAAACCAAAUUACAAAUUCUUCUUCAAGUCCAUGGAUCAGGAUUUCGGUGUGGUGAAGGAGGAGAUCUCCGAUGAUGCUGCCAAGCUGCCGUGCUUCAACGGGAGAGUAGUGUCCUGGCUGGUCUCCUCAGACAGCCCGAUCCCAGAGACCCCUGCCCCGGCUGAGGUGCGGCCUGAACCUUCACCCCCUCCUCCACCCCUCCCACCCCCUCCAGCAGAGAGGACGGGCGGCAUCGGGGACUCCAGACCCCCCUCCUUCCACCCCAAUGCGUCUGGCAGUGUGGAGACCCUGGACGACCGCACAGAGACAGAGUCUGUGGUGUCUGUCAGGAGGGAGCGAGAGAGGCCUCGUCGAAGGGAGAGCCUGGAACAGCAUGGGCCUCGGGCUAAUGGACAGAGCAGGCUAGAGCGCCACCUAGCGGGGUAUGAGAGUGCCUCCACCAUUAUGAGCAGCGAGCUCGACACCACCAGCUUCUGCGAUUCCGAUGAGGACGACACCAUGAGCAGGUUCAGUGGCUCCACAGAGCAGAGCACAGCUUCCCGCCUGCUGAAGAGGCACCGCAGACGCAGGAAACAGCGCCCUCCCAGGCUGGAGCGGGCAUCUUCAUUCAGCAGUGUGACAGACUCUACCAUGUCCCUCAACAUUAUCACCAUUACACUGAACAUGGAGAAGUACAACUUCCUUGGCAUCAGCAUCGUGGGACAGAGCAAUGAGAGGGGGGACGGGGGCAUCUAUAUUGGCUCCAUCAUGAAAGGCGGGGCCGUGGCAGCUGACGGGCGGAUCGAGCCGGGGGACAUGCUGCUACAGGUGAAUGAUAUCAACUUUGAGAACAUGAGCAACGAUGAUGCGGUGAGAGUGCUGAGAGAGAUCGUACAUAAACCAGGACCCAUCAUCCUCACGGUUGCCAAGUGCUGGGACCCCUCCCCACAGGGCUACUUCACCCUUCCGCGAAAUGAGCCCAUCCGGCCGAUUGACCCAGCACUGUGGGUCAGCCACUCGGUGGCGUUAACGGGUGCGUACCCCCCAUACCCAGGCAGCUCCUCAAUCAGCACCGUCACCUCUGGCUCCUCCGUCACCGAAACCGAGCGCUUUGAUGAAUUUAACCUCUCCCUGCACUCGGACAUGGCAUCUGUGGCCAAAGCUAUGGCAUCUCCAGAGUCUGGCCUGGAGGUCAGAGACAGGAUGUGGCUGAAAAUCACCAUCCCCAAUGCCUUCCUCGGCUCGGAUGUAGUGGAAUGGCUGUACCAUCAUAUCGAGGGGUUCCAGGACAGGCGGGAGGCGCGAAAGUACGCCAGCAACCUCCUGAAAGCUGGCUUCAUCCGCCAUACCGUCAACAAGAUAACCUUCUCUGAACAGUGUUACUACAUCUUUGGUGACUUCAGCGACUGUGAGAACUACAUCUCCAACCUCUCCCUCAACGAUAAUGACGGAUCAAGCGGAGCGUCGGACCAGGACACUUUGGCCCCCCUGCCACUCCCAGGAGCCACGCCCUGGCCCAUGAUGCAUGCCUUCCCCUAUCAGUACCCCCACCCUUACUCCACCCAGCCGCCUCCCUACCAUGAGCUCUCCAGCUAUAGCUACACGCCUGGGAGUACGGGUAGCCAGCCAAGCGAAGGGAGCCGGAGCAGUGGGUCGACGCGGAGUGAGGGAGAGAGACGCAGGGGGAGUAAAGGAGGAGGUGGCAGCACAGGAGGAGGAGCCAGGGAGGAGAAGUCCCCAGUGGGGGGAGGGGCUGACUCCCGUUCGGGCAGCGGCAGCGAAUCGGAGUACUCCACUCGCAGCAGCUUGAGGCGGGACCACGGCUCAGCCACGCCCAGUGAGCACAGCCACCUCAGCCAGCGCUCCCAACACCGACUCCCGCCCCCUCACCUGCCCUACCCACACCCCCCCGGCAUGCCCCUCCCCUACAACCCCAUGAUGCUCAUGAUGGUCCCUCAGCACCCCCAUCCACACCUGCAUCCACACCCCCUCCCUCAUCCUGGUCUAGGACCCCCUCACUCCCAACCUCCCUCCCUGCCCCCCUCCUCUACUCCCGGAGGCCCCCCUGGUGCCCCCCCAACUCGUGACCUGGGCUCUGUGCCUCCUGAGCUGACCGCCUCCCGCCAGUCCUUCCACCUGGCCAUGGGGAACCCCAGCGAGUUCUUUGUGGAUGUCAUGUAGCCAAAAUGUGCCAACUGUUAUCCUCUCCACCACAGGAGAGGGUGCAGACUGUACCUUCUUUUCUUUUCUUUUUUUACAGCAAUUAUGUGAUUAUUACUGAUUGAAUCAGGAUUUCCAGACCCUAAAUGUCUCUGGGGGCCACCAGUGUUUGGCUUCAUUCCUGAACUUUCUGUACUGCCUCCGGCAGUCAAGAGUGCAAAAGCUUUUGAUGUGUGUGCUUAUGACAUACCCAAGUUCUCUGGUUGAGAUAUUUGGGGUCUGAAUUUUGUAUUUCUUGAAAAAUGUGAACACAAUCACAUCUGUUAGAGGUCCUUGGAACAAUUUUACCAUAACAACACCUUGGCUUAUUUCCUUUCAGUUGCCUUUUUUUGUGUUAAAUCCCCCCUUUUUAUGACUGGCCAUUUAAUUUAGUACCUCAUUCUUCAUUUUGCUCACCAUGUGACUUCACAAUAACCAUAUGAAAUCUGAACCCUAACCAAUGACGUGACUUCUUACCUCAUGGAUUACUCCAGAACAAACAUGCAGCUGACCAUUUGGACCUGGAGCUCAGGGAUGGGUUUCGUGACCUAACUGCAACACAACCAGAAUGCAAAGCACUCGGCUAAGAAGCUUCAGAAAGAUGAGGACACAAAACCGAACAGCAAACCUUUUUUUUUCUUUAGUGUUGUCCAAAACACCUUAGAUUACAUGGAAUUCUUCAUCCUUUUUCCAUGAGUGUCUUGGUGAAAUGUGCACAUUCUUAUUUAUUAUUUUAUUUGCAGAUCCAUCACAAUGAACUAAAUUAGGUAAUCAUUGGUUGGCACAGGUGUUCAGUGGUGGAGACUAAUGCUGAUCAGCUAGCUGAUUGACAGAAAAAUCUCAAAAGCAACCAAAAUAGUUUCUCAUCGUAGGAGUGCGGAUGAUAUGAAAUAUUUUAGGACAGGGUUGUCCAAACAUUGGCCUUGGGAACAAUCUGGGAUUCCUUUUUAUCCAUUUUUUUAAAAUUAUAUUUCUAGCAUCAACUUGAACGUUAACUUGGCUAUUACCGUUUGUUUUUAGUGGAUGCCUUUUUCAGUAACCAGGCAUCUGGUAUGUACGAUUUCAGUUUAGCAUUUAGAGUUAUCUCCAUCUACAUUAUUUUAUUUACCUGUGAGCUUACCUGGCUUAUCAACAAGUCUUUACAUACUACAUAAAAUUUAAUAGGUCCUCAAACUUGUAUAAAUGUAUUUUUGGUUGGAAUGAAAACAGCCAAAGUUGAGCUCCAGGACCAAGAUUGGAAAGCCCUGCCUGCCUUUAAAUGCGGUUCUCUUGAAUCCAAACAGUUUGAAUGGGCGAUAGUAGAGUGCCUUGUAGUUGAUUGUUUAUACAUUUUUCUUUCUUUGUAUAGUGAACAAAUACACUGCCUUUUUGUGUUGACAUCUGAUGUUAAAUUCCAAGGCACUGAUUUGACCUGGGUGGAGUGAGAGAAUGAGGUUGUGACUUAGUUAGGAUGUGUAAAAUUGUGCUUUAGGGCACUAAAUGGCAGCAGAUAAAAGUAUGCUUGUUGUUCUCUUUUGCCUUAGAUUGAGGUGUAGUGGUGUCCUUUCUGUUAUUUUAUUAAUAACAGAUUAAUGGCUCAGCUAGGCAAUUUGGGUACUUUGAAAAAACUUUCAAUCUUUAAAAGGUAUCAAGGAUUGCUGUGUGAAAACAAAACAAAAAAGUAGUGAAUGCACUUUGGUGGCUGUACAUAGCCUUUCCGAAUCCUCCUUGGGGAUGCAUGAAGAAUUUUCUAUCCUCUUUGUAGAUGUAAGAAACAUUAUGUAUCCUCAUAAGCCUGACACCAGAAAGUCCCAACACUUUCUCUGAGGGUGAAUGUGGAACUACCUUUUGUGCAGAAUGAUUCUGAUUAAUUUCAGGCUUUAUGCAUAUUAGAUGUAGCCUUCUCUGGUCGUUCAUUUUCAUAGAACAAAUUCAGAUGUAAUUUUAUAGGAAUGAGGGUUACAUACGUUUGUCCGUUUGAAGAUGAAAAGUGCAUAUUUAUCACAUGGGGUGAGGCACUAUCAAUAACAAGGGUUUGGCUGAUAAAAAGACUUGAAAUAGGUGUUAAAAACCUCUAACGAAAAGCACAGCAUGGGAAGAAGUGGACAAGGGUAAGAGGAUUCUUAAUCUUCCUUGAUUAAGGGUGAAGAAAAAAAUUCACCUCACAAUUCAGUGCGAUCAUCCUGCACCACUAGAAUGUUGGAGCCGGGGCUGUAAAGUGAAGUUAGUACAAACUAACUACUGUGGUCAUCUUGGUGAUUGUAGCGUAUUCCAUUGGUGAUGGAAACUGCAUUGUGUAUAUACUAGGGCUACAUCAAUUAUUCAGACUAAAUUGAUUACAAUCUAAGAAAUUAUUUGUGUGACUGGAAUAGUUGGCAAUGGUGUUGCUCAGAUCCUUCACUUUCUCUAAUUGAGUGUGGUUCAAAAGCCUGAAUUUCUUUUCUUUUUUUUGUAUAAACUGAUGACAUAAUCAAGAGCUGCAGCCCAAGCUUAUGCUCAAAAGCAGGUGGUGUGCAGAUGAGAGCAGCCAUAGUUUAAAGGCUGCUGGGUGACUCAACCAGUUAAGGCACUGUUCUCGCUGCAGUACGUGGACGGACCCCAAGUUCCAGGAUCGUUGCAUUUUUUUUACCAUAUUGUGUGGUGGAGAUCAACUUUCCAUCAAAAGUUGAUUUUAGGGUGAAGCUCCCUUUUUAGGAAUGAUUAAAAGGGGAAAAAUAUCCACUACCGUCUUGGGAGGCAUGCUGCAUAAACUCUGCUUGUAACAAAGUCAGUAUAUGGCUCAUUCAGUAUUGUGGAAGGCCAUACUACGGUAAAUAAGUUCUGAAGGGCUCUAAAGCUGUAUGGCUGCACCUGGGUGUUGGAAAACUUUCCUCAAAUGAUGGCCACUUGUCACCAGUUGCUCAACUCUAUGGCGUGGAUCUGAGUGGAAGU